CGUCACUUGACUUUGUAAGGUUAACCCUCCAAAACCCUAGCAAUCGCAGAUCCACCAGCUGUCUGCUGCAUAUUAGGGUUUCUCAGUUCUCUUCUUCACCUUUCUUACUUCUAGCCUGUCAGCGGCAGCCCAAUCCGUUAAUCUCAGGCGCGAUGGCAUCGGAGAAGAAACUAUCGAACCCCAUGAGGGAGAUCAAAGUUCAGAAGCUCGUGCUUAACAUCUCCGUAGGCGAGAGCGGAGAUCGUCUCACCAGGGCUGCUAAGGUGUUGGAGCAGCUCAGCGGUCAGAGCCCUGUCUUCUCAAAAGCUAGGUACACUGUCCGAUCUUUCGGGAUUAGGCGUAAUGAAAAGAUUGCAUGCUAUGUGACCGUUAGAGGUGAGAAAGCUAUGCAGCUUCUUGAGAGUGGCCUGAAGGUGAAGGAGUACGAGCUCCUUAGGAGGAACUUCAGUGACACAGGCUGCUUUGGUUUUGGUAUUCAGGAGCACAUUGAUCUUGGGAUCAAGUACGACCCUUCGACUGGUAUUUACGGGAUGGACUUCUAUGUUGUUCUGGAACGCCCGGGAUACCGAGUGGGCCGUCGCAGAAGGUGCAAGUCCCGUGUUGGCAUCCAGCACAGGGUCACCAAGGAGGAUGCUAUGAAGUGGUUCCAGGUCAAAUACGAGGGUGUGAUCCUUAACAAGUCCCAGAACACUACUGGUUGAUUGUUAGCAAACAGUAGUUCUUGUUUUUAUGUUGUCACAAGGUUUUGUGUCCGAGAGAUCUUUGGUUCAGUAUUUUCUAAGAACAGGAUGUAGACCUAUGUUGAAUUUGCAUUUAGAAAUCGUUGCUCGCUUGCUUUACAUACAAAAGUAUCAGUUUUGCUUA